AUGACCCCGCGAUGUGACAAACGAUCCGGCCUCCGCAAAACCGCCGUCUAUCUAAUCGGAGCGAAGUAUAUCCUGGGGGUCGAGCUCAUUGCUACAAAUACCCUGCAGGCCCAGGCCUCAUAUCCACUAUUCUAUACAGAUCACUUGCUUCGGAAUCGCUUCGGCUUGAUCAACUUAACCAUGGUUCUUGAUCGUCUCCAGCAAUUGACCCAUCAGGUCAGCGCAACAGCACCACCGCCUCAUCCAUUGGAUCCUCUGUCUACAUCGGAGAUUGACAAUGCCGUGAGCAUCAUCCGUAAAGAGCAUGGAUCACUCAACUUCAAUGCCGUCACUUUGUACGAGCCUCGCAAGGCCCAGAUGAUGGCCUGGGUAGCAGACCCUGAACAUGCUCCUCGCCCUGUCCGAGCUGCCGAUGUCGUGGCUAUAUCAUCAGAUGGAAAGGUCUACGAUGGUGUUGUAGACCUGGACAAGAAGAACAUCACCAAAUGGCAGCACACACCUGGUGUCCAGCCUCUCAUUACCAUGGAGGACUUGCAAGAGGUCGAGCAUGUCGUGCGCAAAGAUCCCAAGGUUAUUGAGCAGUGUGGAAUUAUUGGAAUUCCCAAGGAGGACAUGCAUAAAGUCUACUGUGACCCAUGGACUAUUGGAUAUGACGAGCGCUUUGGAACUGGUGUCCGCCUCCAGCAAGCUCUCAUGUACUACCGUCCUCAUCCAGAUGACUCUCAGUACACCUUUCCACUAGACUUUUGCCCUAUCUUCAACGCCGAGACCAAGCAGAUCAUUCACAUUGACGUUCCACCUGUGAGGAGACAAGUGAACAAAGCCGCUCCCAACAACUAUCACCCUGCCGCAAUUGAGCAAGAGGGUGGAUUCCGCACCGAUAUCAAGCCCAUUCAUAUCACCCAGCCCGAGGGUGUCUCCUUUGAGGUCAAGGGUAGAACGAUCGAGUGGCAGAAUUGGAGCAUCCACGUGGGCUUCAACUACAAGGAAGGAAUCGUUCUCAACAACAUCACAUUCAACGACAAAGGCAAUGUCCGGCCAGUAUUCUGGCGUCUUUCUUUGGCAGAAAUGGUUGUUCCCUACGGAAACCCCGAGCACCCCCAUCAGCGCAAGCACGCUUUCGACCUGGGUGAAUAUGGUGGCGGAUACAUGACCAACAGUCUGGCACUGGGCUGUGACUGCAAGGGUGCAAUUCACUAUAUGGAUGCUGCUUUCGUCAACCGAGCCGGUGCAAGCACUAUCAUCAAGAACGCUAUCUGCAUCCACGAAGAGGACGCCGGAAUCCUUUUCAAACACACCGAUUUCCGUGACGAGUCGAUGGUUGUCACUCGUGGACGCAAGCUCAUCAUCUCACACAUCUUCACUGCUGCAAACUAUGAGUACUGCGUAUACUGGAUCUUCCACCAGGAUGGUACCGUCCAGCUUGAGAUCAAGUUGACCGGUAUUCUCAACACCUACUCUCUGAACCCAGGCGAGGACACCAAGGGCUGGGGAACUGAAGUAUACCCCGGUGUGAACGCGCACAACCAUCAACAUCUAUUCUGUCUGCGCGUGGAUCCCAACAUCGACGGACCAAACAACACAGUCUUCCAGGUCGAUGCCGUCCAGGGACCUGGCGAGGUUGGCAGUGCCGAGAACAAAUACGGCAAUGCCUUCUACGCCAAAAAGACCAAGUUCUCCACUCCCCUCGAGGCCAUGUCCGACUACGAUGGAUCUACCAGCCGAACAUGGGAAAUGGCAAACACCAACAAGCUGAACCCAUACAGCAAGAAGCCCGUGUGCUACAAGCUCGUCAGCCGAGAAGUCCCUCCCCUCCUGCCCAAGGAGGGCGGACUGGUUUGGAAGCGAGCAGGAUUCGCCCGCCACGCCGUGCACGUUACAAAGUACGAUGACGACCAAAUUCACCCCGCUGGCCGCCACGUCCCACAGACAUCUGGCGAGCCAUCUGCAGGUCUCCCGGCGUGGAUCGAGGCCGCCGGCCCUAACAGCUCUAUCGACAACACAGACGUUGUCCUCUGGCAUACAUUCGGUCUUACUCACUUCCCUGCGCCGGAGGAUUACCCCAUCAUGCCUGCUGAGCCGAUGACGCUUCUGCUCCGUCCUCGACACUUCUUUGAGAGAAACCCUGUUCUUGAUGUUCCGCCUAGCUUCGCGCGUACACCGACGCAGGUGGCUGCUGGUGCUGGGGCGUGUGGCUGCAAGAAGAGUGAUGGAUCGAGUGUUUUGGUAUAA